UCCAAACUUGUCUUCUUCAUCAUUAAUAUGUUUUAAGUGUCGAAACUGAUCUUCUUGCUCACAAAACAGUCAUCCAUGGCUGACAACACGAGCGCAUUAUUGGAGAAAAAAUACUAUGAGAAAUGUCCAGGUUGUCGAAUGAAUCGUCUUAAAGAGCAGCAGAGAGGUGUCCCUUACAAGAACUUAUCCUACAUUUGGCUUGUCUCUCUCUGCACUGCUUUGCCUAUAUCAUCACUCUUUCCAUUUCUCUACUUCAUGAUCAGGGACUUCAAUAUUGCAGAAAGGGAGGAAGAUAUUGGUUUCUAUGCUGGAUUUGUGGGAUCUUCUUUUAUGGUUGGAAGAGCUUUGACAUCUGUUUUCUGGGGUGUAGCGGCUGAUCGUUAUGGUCGAAAACCUAUUAUCUUAAUAGGAACAUUUUCAGUGGUUGUGUUUAAUGCACUCUUUGGCCUCAGUACAAACUUUUGGAUGGCACUUUCAAUGAGAUUUCUUCUUGGAUGUUUCAAUAGUUUACUAGGCACAAUUAGGGCUUAUGCUUCUGAAGUUUGUAGAGAGGAGUAUCAGGCUUUGGCACUGUCUGUAGUUAGUACAUCACGAGGUAUAGGAUUGAUUAUAGGCCCUGCCAUUGGUGGUUUCCUUGCACAGCCUGCACAGCUUUAUCCCUCAGUAUUUUCAGAGAGCUCUAUCUUUGGGAGGUUCCCCUACUUUUUACCAUGCCUGACCAUAUCAGUUUAUGCUGUGGGAGUUCUUAUUGCCUGUUGGUGGCUUCCUGAGACAAUGCACUGGCAUGGUACAACAUUAGAUGAAAGUUAUGAACCACGUGACAGGUUGGGAGCUUCUUCAAAUGAAUCUUUUGGCUCAGAAGAUUUGAUAGAAGCUGAAGAAAGAAAAACAUCUCAUAAAGCAAAUCUUUUAAAGAAUUGGCCUUUAAUGUCUACUAUCACCGUAUACUGCAUUUUUUCACUUCAAGAGAUUGCAUACACUGAAAUUUUCUCGCUUUGGGCAGUCAGUGACAAAAAGUAUGGAGGUUUGAGCUUUUCAUCUCAAGACGUGGGUGAAGUUUUAUCUAUAUCAGGAUUUUGUCUUCUACUAUUUCAACUUUUAUUAUAUCCUCCAAUUCAGAAAAUCCUUGGGCCUCUUAUGGUUACACGGUUUUCAGCGGCAAUAUCAAUCCCACUAUUGGCAUGUUACCCUUAUAUAGCUAUGCUCUCAGGGAUAACCCUAUAUUUGGCAAUAAACUUUGCAUCAAUACUAAGGAAUACUCUAUCGGUUUCCCUUGUAACUGGGUUGUUCAUAUUGCAAAACAAUGCUGUGCCUCAAAGUCAAAGAGGGGCAGCUAAUGGCAUUUCAAUGACUGCAAUGUCAGUUUUCAAAGCAUUCGGCCCAGCUGGAGGAGGUGUUCUGUUUUCUUGGGCACAGAAGCGACAAGACACUGCCUUCCUUCCAGGCGAUCAGAUGGUUUUCUUCAUAUUAAAUGCGAUACAAUUAUUGGGGUUGGUUCUUACUUUUCAGCCUUUUUUAGCAUUACCCCAACAAUGAAGUGCAGGUAACUUCAGAUGAUAGCAUAACAUAAGCCAAUUUAAUAUCCCUAUAAUUAGUUCUUGAAUAAAUUAAUCAAAUAGAUCCUAUUCUUUGUUUAGUGAGGAUAUAGUUGGAAUAAAAUAUUAUAUUCUUUUUCUAAAGUUUAUAGAAAGA